AUGGAGUCGCCACCCAAGAGAAUGACCCGGGCCAGAGCUGCGGCCAAGGCCACUGAGCCCUCCGUGAAAACCACAAAGAUCGUCACAGCUGCUGCGCGAGCAAAGAGCACAGCGACGGCGGGCACAAAGAGCACAACCGCCAAGAGAAAAACAAGAGCAGAUGAGAAUGAGGAAGAUGAGGAGGAGCAACGCGAGUCUGCCGCUGUGAGGAGAACGCGUGGUAGACCAAGAAAGGCAGAAGAGCAAGAGUCCGAAGCCAAGUCAGAAGGACCAGCAAAACCCAUACGGGGCCGUGUAUUGAAGAAGACAGCUACAGAGCCUCCUAAGGAGACUGCUGCACCUGCCAAACCUACAAGAGGACGGCCUCGGAAGGCAGUCGCUGCUGCAGACGAACCUGCCCCGGCGGCGCCUGUAAAGAAAACUACUGCUACCCGCACCCGCACAGCCGCCGCUACCACCACCACAACAAGAACGACAAAGACAAUGGGUGCCUCCAAGCCUGCUAUUAGAAAAGCCGUCAAGUUCCAAGAACCUGACAAGGAAAAUAUUGAGCCCACCGAGGAGGCCACAGAACCUGCUCGGCCUGGAAUCAGAGGGCGACCAGCCAAGCGUGGAGGAGCAGCUGGAAGUCGAACAACUAGAGCGGCGGUAAGAUCCGCUGAGUCGACAAACGUUAAGCCAUUAAGUCCUAAGAAGAUUACCCAGAUACCCGUUUCGAGGGACGAAGAUUCCGAGGAUGAACUUGCUGGCGACAUGCCGCCUGUCAAACCCAUGAUGAAGAGCCCGAUCAAACCCCCAUCCAACGUCGCAAAGAAGCAACCCGAGCCAACCGAACAACCUACCGAAUCAAUAACUGGCACGGAGAGCAUUAGCAAUCCACCCAGCCUUGGCGCAACUGUUUUGACAUCUCCUGCCAAGAGGUUACCUCCUUCGGCUCUUAAGGACACCAUGAAAUCACCAGCUCGCCGUAUUGGCCCUAUCACCCUACCCGGAUCAACAAUGAAGAAGGCCCAGGACAGCAACACCGAAGCUGAGGAUGGGACUUCCUCUAAGACUUCUCUCCUUAUGUCUGCGGCUAAGCGACCUCAGUCCCCUAUCAAGGGUAUGAACUUUGGAGCAUCUCUCAAGCCCCAACAAUCCCAAUCAGCGAUGAAGGCUUCUCUGCUUCUUUCGCCAGCGAAACAUGCCAUGCCUGGAUUGAAGCCAAUCACUGAGCCGCGGCCCAGAGAUGCUGCUGCCCUGGGCGAGCCACCGCUUAUGAAGCCCUUGGUCCUGGGUACUCCAACACGUGCUACUUCCACCCGCUCAUCAGCCAAGCUUAUGCUGGAGGAGCAAGCUGGAAUGGAUUUUGAUACUGUUGAUGACGACGUCUUCAACGAACCAAUGGAAAACUUGCAGUUCCCUGGUCGACUAUCAGCUGUCCUUCCUCGCUAUGCUGAUCCUGCCUUGAAGAAGGAUAUGGGGAUCGUUGAGGCUGAGGAGGUUGUUCCGGUGAAUGAGGCUCAGAUCGAGCCAGAAGCUAUUGUGAAUAUUCAGGAAGAGAUUGAGGCUGAGGUCGAGCCAGUCGAAGAUGAGGCAGAACUUACCGACCAAGAGGAUAGCAUGCUUGUCGACGACGAAAAUGUCGAGGCAGAUGACAUCCCUCACGAGUCUGAGCCUGAACACUCAACUUCAACUCAGUCUCCAGUGCAGGAACAGAACCCAAUGUUUCAGCUCAGAGACAAAGACCUACAGCCGACUGAGGACAUGGACUCGGAUUCAGAUGAGGAGCAUGUUCCCACCUCUAAGGUGGCUCCUACGACGCCAACUCCAUUCGUUCGCAACACACCGAAAACUUCUCGGGCUUCGAUAGGUGGUUUCAGCGCACUCGCUGAUCGACUCGGUUCUUGGAAGGCCAGCACUCCUGUCAAGAUGGCCCCUCUCACAAGUAACAAGGCCUCCAGCAAGUUUACUGUUCUUCAAGAGAACGCUGCCACUCCUCGCUCCAAUGCUUCGCCAGCGUCAACGCACUACUUCGAAGAUGAGAUGACUGUACGAGCAGGCAUGGAGGACUUGCAAGCGGACAAGACAGCAGAGAUCGAAGAGCCCACCUUUGAUGACAUGGAAGUAACUGAGGAGGACGUCGAAUUGGCCAAUGAGGCCAACGAGAUGUCAUUGAUGGAACCUGAGAUUCUUGAGGACAUUGUCAACACCGAAGCUUUUGACGACACUCUCUCGGAAGCUAGCCAGGAGUACGGUGAUGAGAACGAAGUCCCCUCUUCUAUGGGUCCGGUGACCCCUGUUCGCCCAGUCAUGAAGACUUUCAACACCACCACAAAGGUUCCUUUGAAGCCCGCAGAUGACUCUUCUCCUUCUCCUUUGAAGAAGCGCAGCUUCAGCGCAUCUCGAGUUGCGCCCAAGCGCCCUGCAGGCCCGACGAGGAGUGCCAGUGUUAUCUCCUACUCUCCGGGUAAGGGAAGAAAGAGCAUGCCAGCUACUAUUGUUGAGGUGCCCUCCGCUCCCUCAACUCCUGCUCCGGUAACCCCUUCGAAGUCGGACCUUUGGUCUUCUUUGGGUACACCCGCACGAACCCCUCGACGUGACGUUGACCCUGCUCUGCUUCGCGGAGCUGUUGUCUUCGUUGAUGUGUACACCAGCGAAGGAGCUGAUGCCAGUAGCAUCUUCGUGGAGCUGCUUACUCAAAUGGGGGCCAAGUGCAUGAAGACAUGGAGCUGGAACCCCAGCGGUGCUGGAAAUGACGUGACGUCUAGUAAGGUUGGAAUCACUCAUGUUGUCUUCAAGGAUGGCAGCAAGCGCACACUGGAGAAGGUCCGUGAGAGCAACGGAAUCGUCCAGUGUGUGGGAGUCAGCUGGGUGCUUGAUUGUGAACGUGAGAACGACUGGGUCGAGGAAAGUCCCUACAAGAUCGACACGAGCAAUGUUCCUCGUGGUGGAGCUCGUCGCCGCAAGAGUAUGGAACCCAAGGCUCUGGCCAACAUGAACGGUACUCUUGUCACUAGUCCUGUCAAGGGGGGUACACGUACAGCUCCUGCCACGCCCAUCAACCGUCGUGAGAGCUCGCAGUGGAUGUUCACUCCUUCGGACCAAGAUGAAGACGAGGAGAUGGAAGAUCUUGAAUGGUCCGAGGCCAUUUUGACUCCUGUUCCUAAGACACCAGCCCCUGAGGCUGUUGCGCGCUACGCCGCCAAUCUUGUUCCCGAGACGCCCUCUGCCUAUGAGGAUGACGAAGACGAUCUGGACGAUUCUCCCACUAAGGACGCUAUCCUGACGCGAACAUGUCCUCCCAAAUCAAACGCCUUCCGUGACCUGGGCGCUGGCAUAAUCAGCCAAACCAAGGACGACGGUGUUCUCAUGCGCCUCAUGGCGGCGCGACGCAAGAGUCUGCAGUUUGCUCCCAAGAUCGGCAGCCCUCUGGCUAGAGCUUGGCAGUAA